CGAUGUGUCAUCAACACAACACAAUUAGGGUGGAAACGGCCAACGUUUGGGGGGAAAUAAGAGAACUAGGCUCCUGUGGGCACUUUUGUUAGGGGCCAGUUUAAGACGAGCAGGUAACACUGCGGUUUGUGAGCAGGCUGUCACGAAGUUAACGCGACAGCGGGACUCGCAAACGGGACUCACACUGCCGAGCUACGCCGCUAAUCUCCACAGCUGGACCGUUAGCACGCGGGCUAACUGGCGGAUUCCCCGUCGCUCCACUUGACGGGACGGGGGGGGAGAGAGAGAUGUCCUGCAGCCUGCUGGAGUUCUGUCGGCUCCAGGAGCUCAAGACGGUCCGGGACUACCUGUUCCUGAGCCAGAAACCAGAGCCAGCGGAGGAGAAGAGUCCAACAGAAAAUGAGUUGUCCUGGGACUCUUCGGACUGGGAGGCGACAUGGGAUGGUGGGGAAAACAAAGAGGAGGGAGCCUCUCCUGCCACAACGGUGGAGGAGGAGACCACAGGGCAGAAUGCCCCUUGGCUGCAGGACUGUGUCGUGUCCCUGUCGCCCUGCGCCGACCUGCUUGUAGUGGCCCGCGAACAGAAGGCCGUCUUUCUCUCAGCUAAGUGGCGUACAGAUGACAGCGGCCGAGAAGAGAUGACCUUGGCUGUGUCUUGGACUGGAACCCUUAGCACUGAUGAAGGAGAGUGUGUGAGCAGCUCCAUCUGUAUACCAUUAGCAAGCCAGAAGAGGAGCUCCACGGGGCGCCCCGAUUGGACGUGUGUAGUUGUGGGUUUCACUUCCGGCUACGUCCGAUUCUACACAGAGAACGGGGUUCUGCUGCUGGCCCAGCUGCUGCACGAGGACCCUGUGCUGAGGCUCAAGUGUCGCACGUACGAGAUCCCCCGUCACCCCGGAGUCCCUGAGCAGCACGAAGAGCUCAGUAUCCUCUACCCCGCCGCUCUGGUCACCAUCGACGGCUUCAGCCUCUUUCAAUCUCUGCGUGCCUGCCGGAACCAGGUGGCGAGAGCGACAGCAGCUGGUAGUGAUGUGAUCCAACCUCCCCCCCUGGCCUAUAAGAAGUGGGGUCUGCAGGACAUGGACACCAUCGUGGACCACAGUAGUGUUGGCGUCAUGACGCUGUGCGUAUUCGACCAGAUGAAGAAUGCGUCUAUCCUGGGGGGGUUUAAUGCGUCGGUCAAAGGCAGCCCCCCCGCCAUGAGCCGGUAUGUCACUGUGGGUGGGGGGCCGUACACCGGCUUCUUCUACGCUGUGGAGGGAAGCUCCCAGCCGCUCCUCUCCCACGUGGCCCUCGCCGUGGCCAGUAAACUCACCUCGGCCCUGUUCAGCGCUGCCAGCGGGUGGCUCGGUUGGAACAAGCACAAGAAUGAAGAGGAGGCGGUUCAGAAGCAGAGGCCCAAGGUGGAGCCCGUCACGCCUUUGGGGAUCAGAUUUGGUCUCCCAGACUCCCGUCGUCACGGCGAGUCCAUCUGCCUGUCCCCCUGCAACACGCUGGCGGGAGUGACGGACGACUUUGGGCGAGUCACGCUGCUGGACUUGGCCCGGGGCAUUGCCAUCCGCAUGUGGAAAGGUUACCGCGAUGCUCAGCUGGGUUGGCUGCAGGUUCCGGAGGAGCGCGGCGAUCGGGAGUUCUCGCCCUCUGCCUCCCUUCCCAGACGCCACGCUCUGUUCCUGGUCAUCUACGCCCCCCGCAGGGGGAUCCUGGAGGUAUGGGGGAUGCAGCAGGGCCCUCGAGUCGGAGCCUUCACUGUCGGCAAACACUGCAGGCUGCUGUACGCCGGCUACCGCCUGAUGGGGGUGAACAGCGUGACCAGUAAGGGCUGGCAGCUGCACACCCAGCAGGUGUGUCUGCUGGACCCCACCACAGGAGCCCUGAGGACCGUGAACAUCCCCUUCCACCUGGCCCUCAGUGACAAGAAAAGCGAGCGCGCCAAGGACAUGCACCUGAUAAAGAGGCUAACGACUCUCCUGAGGAGCAGAGGGGUGGAGCCCGACAUUUUGGAGCGCGAAGCCAAAAGUGUGCUGCUGGAUAUCAAACAUCCCGCCAUCAAGAAGCAGGCUUUGGAGUCUCUGCUGUCAAACAGGAACGCUCCCGUCUCCUGUCUUACCGGCGUCACGGCCGCCCUACAUGAGACUCUGAAGCAGCAAGACCCGGAGGAGGUGGAUGAAGCAUUACUGCAGUUCUGCUCCUCGCAGCUGAAAUUGAUUCAGCUCUACACCGACAUCCAGGAGCUGCACGCCGGGGCCGAGCGAGAGGCCUCGUCCGACAACCAGGACUCCCUCGAGGGCAUAGAGGAUGAGUUGUCCCGCGUCGGCCCCACCCUGCAGCGCUACGCCCAGCUCACCGCCAGGCCGAGCGUCUCCUUCGCCCAGGACUCGCCCGACUCGCCCCUGCCGGCACAAGCCUUUCUCUCCCAGAUGGAGUGCACCGACGACGGCGGCUUGAGGGUCACCCGCGGCUCUGACACCGAAUGGAAUCAUCUGGGGAGCUUUAUGUUCUGGGGGUGUCUGUGUGGAACGAGCUCUCCCCAUCAAGUCUGUGACACCCUGCAGCAGGCCGGCAUCAGUCCACAGCAGCUCCUGUCUCUGUUGAUGAGUGUGUGGCUGCAAAGAGAGAAGGAGGUGCUCCAGAAGCCAGAAGAGGCCGUUAGAAAUCUGCACACGCUGCUCAUCGCCCUCAGCAACAUGGAAGGGGCUGUCGAGGAGUCGUGGGACCCCCAGUCUGUCUCCCCCUGGUGGCAGCAAGUCCGCUGCACGUGCAUCCAGUCUCACAACGCCGCCGCCGCUCUGCUGGCCGCCUUCGUCGCUCACCGCGCUGCCAAGGCGAGCACCAUGAGCCGGGCCGACAGCAAGUUGCAGUCGGAGUGGGAGGCGGUGUCGCUGGAGCUGGAGCAGUGGGUGGUGUGCGUCCGCCAGCUGGAGGACGUGCUGGUGCUGCAGACCCUGCUGCUGGUGCCUCCUCCUCCGGGGGCAGCAGGGGGCGCCGCAGCACAGUGCUCCAUCAAAACUCUGCUGGAGGGAGGCACAGGUGGCAUCGCCGACAGUGUCUCCAAGUGGGUGUUCAGACACAACCUGGCCCCCGAGCGACUGAAGGAGAUUCUCCAAAAGAGAGAAGACAAAGAGGCAGAUGACCAACCGGAGCAGAGGGCGGGAGGAGGAGGAGGAGAAAAGGAGAAGGAGGAGGAGGAGAAGGAGAGCCCAGAAGUCUCAGACAGGACAGCAGAGCUGCUGGUGGCCGUGUGCCAGCGGUUCCCCCACUCGCUCUCACCAGACCUGCUCUUCGCCCACUGCUGCUGGGAAUAUGUCGUGCAGUGGAACAAGGACCCUGAGGAGGGCCGGUACUUCUGGUUGGCUGUUGAACAUUUGAAGCUCGUCUCCAGUCCGUACAUCCAACUAGGCAUUUCUGCGAUGAUGUGGAGCACGUUCAUCGUCAAGCGUUUCUCAGCUACAGCCUUCCUAGCGGAGAAGGUGGGGAAAGCUCCCAAAGACCGACUUUGUCGACGGGACGUCGGGAUGGGAGACAAAGCCGUGACGUCGUUCCUGGGCUGCUGCGUGGAGCUGCUGCAGAUUCUCAUGGAGGUGACUGCAGUGUUGGUUAAAAAUCCGAGCCAUUUGUCUUUUAUUGAUUACAAUGCGGACUCUGCGGUGGAAGACGUGGCCCCCCCGGAGUUGCCCGUGGAGGAGUCGUGGUCCGGCGCCGAGGGCCCCGCCUCCCUGGCCGAACUGGCCCUGGAGCAGCGGGGCGUCCACUUCCCGCUGGUGCAGCACCACUGCCUGUUGGCCUCCCUGCUGCACGCCGCCAUGACCUUCAGUCUGAAGGUCAAACCACUCAGCCUGUUCGACAGCAAGGGUAAGAACGCUUUCUUCAGAGAUCUGACGACCAUCCAGUUGAUGCCCAGUGGAGACAUGGACCCCGGGCUGGUCUCCAUGCGGCAGGAGUUCCUCCUGCGGGUGCUGACCGGCUGGGUUCAGGCUUUAGCCGAUCCUCCCGGCUCGGCCCCGGGCUCCACGUCCCCCCCUCUGCCUUCUUCCGGUGGCCCCAAAGCCGACUGGUGGCCCUCGCUGUGCCUGGAGCUCGGCUCCCUGCUGCAGGUCAACCCCGACAUCCUGAGGCGGCACAUCGUCUGCGAGCUCUACAACCAGGGCCUGGACCUGCGGGCCGAGGAGGUGAUGCUGGAGGUGGAGGAUAAGGACGUGCUGGGCUCCCAGCUGCUGGUGCUGACGGGCCAGAGGCUGAGCUACUCGUUGCUCCACAGCCAGAGCCAGACGCAGGCGGCCAUGGAGCUGCUGGCCCGCCUGCCCCCCACCCUGUGCACGUGGCUCAAGGCCAUGGACCCCAGUGAGCUGCGCUGCCCCCUGCUGCCCCUCCCCCAGACCAGCAGGCUCGUCGGCCGGCUCAUCGAAAUCCUGCCGGAGAACCACGCCCAGUAUAGCCUGGCCCUGCACCUCCUGGAGGCUGUGGAUGCCCUCACCACGGAGGACUGACCCUGAGAGGGAGGGGCAUGUGGAUGUGGUCAUCGUGGUGGAGCGACGGGAAGGAAACUACAAAGAAAUGAACAAGUAUGCUGCAGUUGUGAUGGAGGCAGGGAGGAGUUGUGUGUAUGGUGCCUGCAGAUGGGACCCCCCCCCCCCCACACACACCCCACACUCCCCUAUCUAAUUAAAACACUUCAGGGCUGUGGUGUCAUCAGUGUGACAGACGGUCCUCCAGGAGAACCCGCCUCCUCUUCGCCUGACGUUGAGCUGGAGGAGACGUCGUGUUUCCAGCACUCGGCCGUGGGUGUGAUGGGCUUUUAACUUUUUUAAAUCCAUAUUUUUGACGCAUGUCAUAAAUGGUAAUGAAUACUUGUGUUAUUGAAGUGUUGUCGGAAUAUGUUUAUGAGAUGGUUCUUAAGGAACGGGCAUGUCUUUUCUUUGUCACUUCUCCGUCACUCGGAGUGUGUUGGCGUAACUGUGCCAUAUCGAUUUCUGUUUAUCUUUCCCUCAGAGAUGUAUCAAAGAAAUAUGGACCUUAUUUUUUAUUUAUAUAUAUAUACGCAGACAGUACUAUCUGUGCCUGUAAACCUCUGUCCAGCUGUUCCCUCUGGACCCGUUGCCGAAUAAAGAGGUUUCUCUAAAGCUG